AUGGACCGCAGCGACGAAGAGGACGACCCAGUGUCGCUUGACCUGUUCCAAGAGCCUGCCGAUUUCUAUCAGCCGGAAAAGCCAGCUACCUUCACCACCUACACCCUCCAGAAUGGGCAGACAAUCUCUCUUCGGCUAGUAGGCCAUAGUCCUCUAUGGGGUCACCUCCUGUGGAAUGCUGGUCAAGUAAUUGCGCAAUACUUGGAAGACAAUGCGCAACUGUGUUGCGGGAAAACAGUCCUUGAACUUGGUGCUGGGGCUGGUCUGCCCAGCCUCACGGCAGCCAUUCUCGGAGCCGAGAAAGUCGUGGUGACGGAUUAUCCAGAUCCGGAUCUGAUAAUGAAUCUGCGCUAUAACAUUGAGCACUGCUCGGCGCUUGCAGAUAAGUCAAACAUUGUUGCAGAUGGCUUUCUCUGGGGUAGCCCUGCAGAGCCACUCAAAGCCCAUAUUGGAAACGGAGGCGAUGCUGGUUUCGACCUCUUGAUCCUGGCCGACAUUCUGUUCAACCAUUCCGAGCAUGCCAAGCUGCUCGCCACCCUCCGUGAUUGCUUGAAGAAAUCGGCCGAGUCUGUUGCGCUCGUAUUUUUCACGCCCUAUCGCCCUUGGCUCCUUGAGAAAGACCUGCACUUCUUUGAUAUUGCUCGCGCCGAUGGGUUCGUGGUGAAUAAAAUUCUGGAGCGCACCAUGGAUAAAGUCAUGUUUGAGAAUGACCCCGGUGAUGAGAAACUCCGCAAGACCGUCUUCGGUUACGAGGUGAAAUGGCAGACAGAUGCCAGUGAGGCGCCGUAA